AUGAAUACACUACGCGGGACAAUAUGCCUCUGGCUCUGCUUGAUGUAUGCUGGUGUGGAAUGUUGGCCCAAAGUUCGUCUAAGUUCAAGACAGGAAAAGGACGAAGAGUCGGCAAAACUCAGAAUAUUAUAUCUGAUAGAUACAACCGUCAAUGCGACUGACGAAAGUGUAAAAACAUUUAUAGGACUCGUCAAUACUCAGGCACAACAAUUUCUGAAGGAUUUCUUUGAACUCAAAACCAUUCUUGACAGCAGGACCAAAUAUAUUAAAAAUGACAGUCAACUGGAAACUUUGAUGAAAGAUAAUAACCGUUAUCCCUAUAUAUACCUGGACGGAACAAUUUAUAACCUAAACUCUCAUUUCAAUGAGAAGAAUAUUCAUCCUGACAUCAUUUGCCUCGUAACAGGCUAUGAAAUCUACAAUGGAGAUCAAGUAAGGAAAGGUUACGGAUAUUCCUCGCAGAAGACGUUGUGCGACGGUGUCGUAACCAUGAUCUUAGCAUACGAUGCACACCAUCAUUACGACAUCAGCAAUAUGCUGGCCGAAAUGAUCAGGGACAGUGUAAACCCGGUUAAAGUACCCUAUGUGCACCAAAAACCGGACAAUUUGACACAAUCGAUGGAGGACUACUUAAGCCAGUGCAACGGAUCUUUCGAACAGGAGAUGCCUCCUGACGUCCCACCUAAACCUACACCCGAAGCGCCAGGAACUCCGGGAACGCCGCUGCCCCCUGGACCUCCACCACCACCGUCCCCACCGGGACCUCCGCAACCACCACCCGAGGUGACCACGACGGCCGAACCAGAACUACCGAAACCAAAUCCACCACAGCCACCAGUGCCACCAAAGGAGCCAUCCAAAACACCAGAGGAGCCAUCCAGUACAGAAGGGCCAACUUCCACAACUACCCUGAACCCGGACUAUUGCUAA